AUACAUAAUUCACAAUUUUAAGAUUUUAAUGUGUCCUCAAACAGGAAUAGCCUUGGAGUUUGUCAGGUUGCAGCCGUAUUUCCAACCUAGAAUCUUUUUUGCAAAUAUACAUUUGGGGAUGCAGAAUUUAGUCUUUUCGGCCAAUUACAAAUAAUAAGCAUUGCAUAUUAAAAAUACCACCAAUCCUUGUUUUCAGCUAAGUGAAAGUAUAAAUUGAUAUGUAUUCUGUGACCUUCCCUUCCAUGGCCCAGGACCUCAGAUUUGGGUUAUCUAAAAUUCACAGGGACUAAUCAAGUAAAACAAAAGGCAGUUUUGAUAUAUUUCAGUGGACAAAGAAUGUGGACAAUUUAGAGAUGAAGGACUGCAAUUACUUGGUACAUUUUGGUAGUAAUUAAAGAAGAUUACAACAAUUAGAUACAAUUUUCUACCCAUUGAAAUAUCAAUGAAUAAUAUCUUCAUAUAGAGAAGAGUUGAAACAAACAUUUGUUUUGGGUGACAGCAUCAAUUAACAGAAAAAUUCCAUUUGGAGAAUGAUUUCAUCAUAAUCAUCCACAUGUUCACUCUCUUGAAAAAUCGUGGGAGCAUUUUAAAUGUUCAGAGCUUGGGGAAUGAUUAAACAAGUCGCAGCACAUCCACUCAGUGUAGCCAAAAAAUGGUUUACGCCAAGUAAUUUAUGACCAAGAGAAGAAAACAUGGUUUUGAGAGUUAAAAGUGGAAAAAGAAAGAAAAAGUUGUCUGAAAUUGCAUGUGUACUGUGAUCUCAACUUUUAAAAAAUGCUUCUGGAUGAGAAAGAAAUCAAAUAAUUAUUAACUUCAGAACAAAAAUCUUGUCUUUGAAAUGGAAAGUGCAUUUAGAAGCUAUUCACAACUUAUAUGAGUUUUUAAAAAUCCAAAUUUGCCAUCAGCAUUCAUAUUAUUUUAAAAAAUCAUAUUAUAAACUCCCCAGUAUAGUGUCUUUCUAAGCCUGUUGCCAAAGACCUGUCUGUGGGGUCAGUGUGAGCACGAGACUCCAUUACUUGGACAUGGCCCAUUCAAGACUGUCUCUGUGCCAAAAAUAGAAAGGUGAGAAUGAUUAUAUAUCUUUGGGAUUCCUCCAGCUCCAGGAUUCUAUAGGUCGUAAAAGGAUGAGGGGAGGGGAGGUUUCUUUGUUCCAGACUCCAUAACUGGCCCUUUCUGAAGCCAGAAGAACAAAGACAGGUGAGGAAGGCUGUUCUUGCUGUCUGGGGCUUCCCUGGGUGGCAGCAUCUUCCUGAAUCCACUUCAGUCCAGGGUCUUGUCCCAGGAAGAGACCUUAUGCUUUGAGGAGGAAGGGUAGAUGUAUACUAACCAAAUGAAAUGACCAAUUUAUAAAGCAACAAUGAGCAAUAUAAUAGCAAGAGCACCAAGCACUCCCACCCCAACCCUGGACUUCCUACGCUGUGGCCACCUCCGUGGAAAGCAGUGGGUCUUUAGAAGGGCGCUUGGUUGGAGAGGAGUUGGAACCAGACUCCAUCUCAGAUGGCUCACAGAAAACCUGAAGCAUCACCUCCACGACAGAAGAGCACUUGACCCCCGGGGAGAGGGAUGAUCCCUUGGGAACUGCUCCUGGACUUGGAAAACCAGGCCAGCAUUUUCCCCAGACACUCCUCAUUCUUCCCUUCCCUGGCUGGCUAGGCUCUCCUUCAGCUGGACUUUUUUCCACUGUGGACGUUUCAGCCCUGGGCGCUCAUCUCUGUGGACUGUGAAGUUUCUUUCCAGCUUGGGACAGGGGAUGGAGCGGGCCAUCUCACAGCUCCUUCUUCUCCUGGCCCCUCCCGGGUCCUCCUGCGCAUGGGUUAAGUAGAUAGGGGCCUGGGAGGGUCCUUUCCCGCCAUAGGAUCGUCCAGAGGUCGGAUCUUAAGGAAGGCGAGAAGGACUCGUCCAGGAUUGCCAAGCAGCGCCCUCCCCGCGGCCCUGGGCCCAGAGCCCAGCAGGGGCGUGCCCCCGCGCUCACCUGCCAUUGGGCAGGUGGGGCCGCCGGCGCUCCGCCAGGGGCCGUGUUAUAAAUGCCGAGCGGGCGGCGGCGGCGGAACAAGGCUCGUCGCAGGAUGGUGGACAGCGUGUACCGGACCCGCUCCCUGGGGGUGGCGGCUGAAGGGCUCCCGGACCAGUAUGCGGACGGAGAGGCAGCACGCGUGUGGCAGCUCUACAUCGGGGACACUCGCAGCCGCACUGCCGAGUACAAGGCCUGGCUGCUCGGGCUGCUGCGCCAGCACGGCUGUCAGCGGGUGCUCGACGUGGCCUGCGGCACCGGGGUGGACUCCAUCAUGCUGGUGGAAGAGGGCUUCAAUGUGACAAGCGUGGAUGCCAGUGACAAGAUGCUGAAGUAUGCGCUUAAAGAGCGCUGGAACCGGCGGCACGAGCCCUCCUUCGACAAGUGGGUCAUUGAAGAAGCCAACUGGUUGACUCUGGACAAAGAUGUGCCUCAGCCACCAGGGGGUGGCUUUGAUGCUGUCAUUUGCCUUGGAAACAGUUUUGCCCACUUGCCAGACUGCAAAGGGGACCAGAGCGAGCACCGGCUGGCACUGAAGAACAUCGCAAGCAUGGUGCGAUCAGGGGGCGUGCUGGUCAUCGAUCACCGCAACUAUGAUCACAUCCUCAGCACAGGCUGCGCGCCCCCAGGAAAGAACAUCUAUUAUAAGAGUGACCUGACCAAGGACAUCAGGACAUCAGUGCUGACAGUGAACAACAAGGCCCACAUGGUGACCCUGGACUACACGGUGCAGGUGCCAGGGACUGGCCAGGACAGUUCUCCUGGCUUGAGUAAGUUCCGGCUCUCCUACUACCCUCACUGUCUGGCAUCCUUCACGGAGUUGCUUCAAACAGCCUUCGGGGGCAAGUGUCAGCACAGCAUCCUGGGCGACUUCAAGCCUUACAAGCCAGGCCAGGCCUACAUUCCCUGCUAUUUCAUCCACGUGCUCAAGAGGACAGACUGAGCAAGGCCUCAGCUCCCCAGACCACUGCCCAGGAGCUGCCAGGCUCUGUCUGGAGAGGAGGGGACCAGUAACCCUACACUAAACCCAGCCCCCAGUGCAAAUCCUGGGGUGGGUGAGGGUAAGGGCAGUCUGCAGCUGGGGAGCAGGGAUUUGGGUUCAGACAGAUGGAAGGGGGAACAAUAUAGUCUGUGCCUUUUUCAG